GAUGAUUCUGAAUUUGACGAAGAAGAACCAGAUAUACAGUCAUACAUUCUUAAUUCAAAUUCAUUGCCAAAUGACGAGAGACAAUAUUUGAUUGCCGAGAAUGCACUUGCUGACUUAAUGUCAGUUUGUCGACUGUGCAGUGGGAUCUGUACAGCUACUGUAAAGAACCAGAUCGGUUUCAUGGUGACUGUAACGCAAGAAUGUGCCAAUGGCCAUUGUUACACAUGGCAGAGUCAAAAGAAUUAUAAAAAACUCCCAUGGGCAAAUUUGUUUAUUUCUGGUGGUAUUUUGUUCAGUGGAAGUAGUCCAUCAAAUGUGAUAACUUUAUUCAACCAUAUGAAAAUACCAUGUAUCUCUGUAAGGACAUACUACAGAAUCCAGUCGUGCUAUUUGAUACCUUGUAUAGAGAAGUGUUGGGCAAAGUAUCAAAAUGACCUGAUGACAACUUUGUCAGGUGCAGAUCUCUCUUUGGGUGGUGAUGCUCGGUGUGAUUCUCCAGGACACUGUGCCAAAUAUGGUAGCUACACCUUAAUGGAUCUGGAAAGAAAACUUGUCCUUGAUGUUCAGUUAGUACAGGUAAAUGAAGUAAAAAAUUCACAGAAUAUGGAAUUGGAGGGGUUGAAGAGGUCAUUGGAACAUAUUAAGAAGUUUGGCUGUCAUGCACUAGAACUGGUCACUGAUCGCCAUGUCCAGGUGAAAAAGUACAUGAGAGAGACAGAAGGCCAGACCAGGCAUUAUUUUGAUGUUUGGCACAUGGCUAAAGGUGUUAAGAAGAAACUUGAAGCUGCCUCUAAAAAGAAAAGAUGUGAAGACAUUAUUCCAUGGAUACAUUCCAUUUCCAAUCAUAUGUAUUGGGUAUCGGGAACAAGCAGCGAUGACAAAGACAUGAAGCUGGCGAAAUGGAGGUCUGUUUCAAACCAUGUAAUUAAUGUUCACACCGGCCAUGGGGCGAAAUUUGCUGCCUGCGAACAUGAAACCUGCAACACUGAGAGAGUGUGGCUCACAGCUGGAUCAAGAUCCCAUAAGUUGGUCAAGGCUAUCAUCAACAGCCCAUAUCUGCUAAAGGACAUUCCACAUUUAUCUCCACUGCACCAGACAUCAUCACUAGAGGUGUAUCACAAUGUUGUAAAUCACUUCGCCCCAAAAAGUACCCAUUUCUUCAUUUCUGCUAUGAAAGCUAGACUGCAUCUUGCUGCUUUCCAUUAUAACGAAAAUGGAAAUAAAGCUCAAGUCGUAACAAAGGAUGGCAAUCUAUGUUGGCGAUUGGUUUAUCCCAAAGCAAAGAAAGGAAAGGAUGCGGUCAUAAAAGCUGUGAAGGAAUCCUCUAGCUACAAGUAUGUGGAUACACUGAUGGAAUCUUUAAUGCAAAGGCGAUACCAGCUGGAUAAUUACGGAGUUGCAAGAACAGAUGUCAAGCAGACAAUGUCAAGCAUGCCUGGAUUCUUAACAAAUGACUAUUACAGAGUGGAGAAACAGAAGCUGUGCAAAGACACAGAUCACGAUUCAAUGCUAUUUGAUAAGCUGUUUAUGUGA